CUAGCGGUAGCGAGCAGCUCUGCUACACACUGUGCACUCAGACGUCUGACCGACGGGCGGAGCGACAAAGGCUCGCGAGUGAGAUGUCGGCAACGUCGGACGCGUUCUCGUCCGUUGGCGCCGUUGAGGCCAACACCACGACCGCGUGCGCAUGGCAUGUGCUGCCGAGCGGCCCCAUGUGGUCUCGAGCGAGAUCCGUGUGCCGGCUGACGGAGCGGCAAGCGGAUGCUCCAAAGGUCAAGCCGCCUUGCCGUUCCGGCUGGCAGGUCAGAGACGCUGGGCCAAAGCGACGAGACAGGCAGGUCCCGACGUCGCGAGCGGCCGUGCGGGCUGCUCUGCGCCGCCGCUGGUGGCGCCUGCCGGUGACUUGCGACCAGUUCUGAAUAUUGCGGUACAUCAGAGCCGCUCAGACUCGAGCGCAAGAGCCUCCGACGGCGACGAGAGUCCUCUCGAGAUGGCCUCGCGGCGAGGCGGAGUGUCGCGACGCGUGCGUUGCCGCCGAGCCGGAGGCGCGUCGCGCUCGCAUGCCUCCGCCGAGCUUGGCGCCGCUCGCCACACCGUUCAUGCUCCCCCGCACUCGCCGCGACGGCUCCCCUCCAGCAGCCUGCUGUCGUGUUGUCGUGCCUGUCACAGCACGCGGCGACGUGCGGGGCUCCAGACGGAGAAGCUGCAUGAAGCGAGUGGCAAACGCUGGCCUGUCUCGCGCCGCUCGUCCACGCCAGAGGGCGGCGAGCGCGGCAUAUCCGCCAGACGCGCCCUUGCAGCUGUCCCACGCGAACGGCGAAGGGGAGGUGAGACACCGCAAAGGCGUGUGUGAAGCUCGGAGCCUUGCUCUCCUGCUGGGAGGAGGCGAUUACGCCAGCCUCGCGCUGUCUUGCGGGGCUGCAAUGGACGGCCCAUCAGCGGCGCUGCCAGUCGCCGGCGACGCCGAUGUCGGCCACGGCGUCGCGACGACGACGCGCAAGGAGGGGCGGAGCAGGGGUCCCUCUCCCUGUCUUUGCGCGCUCUGCCAUUGCUCCGCGUGCGCUCCUCAGCAGCGGUGCCGGACUCCGUGCCCUGCGCGCCCUCGCUGCCGCCUCGAGGAGACUUGUGUCAAGGCGUCAUGCGGCGGAGUCAGUCGCAGGACAGCGAACGCGUCUGCUGCCCGUGCUCG